UUCUGGUUUAAUCACGCCACAUCGGCACACACUUAUACAUCUUGUUUACUCGCUGUGCAAUUUACGUGGAUGUUUAUGGAUCAACAAGAUAGGCAGUUUUUUUUUUGCUCGUGCGAUGGUCCGAUUGCUGUUUAGUAACUUAAUUUUCUCAGACGUUACAUGUUUGUAGUGAUUGAAAUAUGGCAGCGGUGCUGUAUAAUGGUUGGGGAAACGGCUUUGUUUGGAGAUUACAGGUUGGAUUCCCAGUGCUGGUUCUCCGCUGCCAUGACGACCUUGGCCACUCCCUUCAUGUUGCUGUCUGUGUUGCUCCGAUUGGCCGAUGCGGCGUUCCCCGAGGAACCAGGGCCGCUAAGCUCCACCCCCACGGAAGUGGUCAGACGCUACCCUGUGUUCCUGGGUCGGGCCCACCAUUCGUCGAUGAAACAGGAGCCCCUCCACAUUCAGAGAAUCCUCAAGGUCAACCGAACCCUGUACAUCGGAGCCAGAGACGACCUUUACCGCGUGGAGCUGGACAAUGUUGCGGGAGAGGAGAUGUUCUACAGCAAGAAACGGACCUGGGAAUCGAAUAAGAACGACAUCCGGAUCUGCAGGAUGAAGGGGAAGCGAGAGGACGAGUGUCGGAACUUCAUGAAGGUUCUUCUGAGCCGACGGGGCGGCCUGUUUGUGUGCGGAACGAACGCCUUCAACCCGCUGUGCGCCAACUACACCGGAGACACACUGGAGAUGGUGGGAGAGGCGGUCAGUGGGAUGGCACGAUGCCCUUAUGAUCCCAAACAUGCGAAUGUGGCCCUGUUUGCAGAGGGAAACCUGUUCACAGCGACGGUGACGGACUUCCUGGCCAUCGACGCGGUGAUCUAUCGAAGCCUCGGGGACUACCCGGCCCUCCGCACCAUCAAACACGACUCCAAGUGGUUCAGAGAGCCUUACUUUGUCAGUGCCGUGGAAUGGGGUCCACACAUAUACUUCUUCUUCAGAGAGAUGGCCAUGGAGUUCAACUACCUGGAGAAGGUGAUGGUGUCGCGGGUGGCGCGCGUGUGUAAGCGGGACCUGGGCGGGUCGCAGCGGGUGCUGGAGAAGCAGUGGACCUCCUUCCUGAAGGCGCGGCUCAACUGCUCCGUCCCGGGCGACUCCCACUUCUACUUCAACCAGCUGCACUCCACCAGCCCCGUGCUGCGCCUGCACGGCCGCGACAUCAUCCUGGGGGUGUUCUCCACCCCCGCCAACAGCAUCCCCGGGUCGGCCGUGUGCGCCUUCGACAUGGAGCAGCUGGCCGGAGUCUUCGAGGGGAGGUUCAAAGAGCAGAAGUCCCCCGAAUCCAUCUGGACCCCCGUCCCGGACGAGGUCAUCCCCAAACCCAGGCCAGGCGGCUGUGCCUCCCAGGGCUCCGGGUUCAACUCCUCAAACGCCUUCCCGGACGAGAUGCUGAAUUUCGUGAAGACGCACCCCCUGAUGGACGAGGCCGUACCUUCCUUAGGGCAGAGGCCCUGGAUUGUGAGAACAAUGGUCAGGUACCAGCUGAAUAAGAUGGUGGUGGACACGGAGGCGGGGCCCUACAGGAAUCGCACUGUUCUGUUCCUGGGCUCCAGCCGGGGGACCGUCCUCAAAUUCCUCAUCGUCCCCAACAGGGACAACACCGUGUCCAACGGCAACGUCUUCCUGGAGGAGCUGGAAGGUUACAACCCUGACAAGUGCGGGCAGAGCACUCCCCAGGCUCGGCAGCUGCUGUCCCUGGUUUUGGACCGGCCCAGCCACACCCUGCUGCUGGCGUUCCCGUCCUGCGUGGUGCGCGUGCCCGUCGCUCGCUGCCAGCUCUUCUCCGGCUGCAUGAAGAACUGCAUCGCUUCCCGGGACCCGUACUGCGGGUGGACUCGAGGGAGCACCUGCUCGUUCCUCCGGCCCGGGACAAGGUUGCCGUUCGAGCAGGACGUGGAGCACGGGAACACCUCUCACCUGGGGGACUGCGACGGUCUGCUGCAGGAGACCUUUAUUGAGGAGCCGGACGGCCUGGUGUCGGUGAACCUGCUGGUGCUGUCCGCAGUUUCGGCCUUCGCCACCGGGGCGGCGCUGUCGGGCCUGGUGGUGUGCUGGAUCAUGGGCCACAAGCACCGGCACCGCUCCCGCAGCGGGACGGCCGUCCCCGGCGGGCGCCGCAAGGGGGACAAGGAGCAGAGCAUGCUGGGACAGGGCGGGGGCGGGUCGGUGAUGAGCGUGAGCCGGUCGGGCGGGGGCAGCGAGGGGCGGCGUUCGCAGACGGAAACGCUGUUCGUCAUGCCCAACGGCUGGGCCCGCGGGGAGCUGGACCUGCUGCCCACCCCCGAGCAGACCCCCCUGCAGCAGAAGCGGCCCCCCCCGGGGCUGCGCCUGACCGACUCCGGCUGGGACCAGAGCCAGACCUUCCUCAACACGGCCGGGGCGCCCUGCCCCCAGAACCCCCACCCCUCCUCCGUCAUCUACCUGAGCUCCAAGCUCCUGCAGGGCGGGGGCGGGGGAGGAGGAGGAGGAGGGGGGCGGAGGGAGGAGCCGGGCGACCCCGCCCAAACCGCCGAGCGGCAGCACUACCUCUCCCUGGCCGGCCACCACCACCGGGGGGAGGGGCAGGGAGGCGGGCGAGCGGGCGGGGCCCUGCGGAACUCUGCGGGGGAGUACGCGUACCCCGCCACGCCCCAGGAGUCCCCCGACCGCAGGCGGGCCGUCUCGGCCCCCAACACCCAGCUGGACUUCGGGGAGCCCCUCCACUGGGGCCCCGAGGCCUUCAACUUCAACAGCAACAACGCGGCCCCGCCCCCCCCCGCGGCCCUCUGCCACUGCCCCGCCCAGCGGCCCCACUCGGGCCUGGCCCGGCCCGGCCUCCACGGCGCCCCCCGGGGGCUGGGCGACAUGGCCGACUACAGCCGUCUGCUCGUCAAGGGCGCGGGCGAGCGGACAACCACCAGCCAAUGAGGGAGCAGGAAAAAAAGAGAAAAAAACAGGGGCUCCUCCUCUUUUUGAAGUCAUAAAGCCCCAACCCCUUCCUCCCAUGACCCCGCCCCCCUCACACACACACACUUGUGUCUCCCUGGCAACUGGAACUUCCCCGAGACUCCGCCUCCCCCUCCCCGUUUGUCCUCUCUCGCUGUCGUUCGGUGUUCUCGCAUCACCACGGCAACUGUGACUGUAACUAAGAGACCUGUGUGUGAUGGAGGGGAGAGCAGGGAAGGGUGGAGAAAAAAAAAUACGCUAGAAAAUAUAUUUUAUUACAAAAGUACAAAAAAUUACAAUAUACCUCCCGGAAUAAAUGUAUCUUUAAAGU